AUGGACAUGGGGGCCGAGCACGAGCAGUGGAUCAGCUCCCCCACCUCAUCGUCUUCUCCGCACCACGGAACGGUGCAGGCGAAGCGGCCGGCGGGGCGCACCAAGUUCAAAGAGACGCGGCACCCGGUGUACCGCGGCGUGCGGCACCGGGGCAGCGCGGGGCGGUGGGUGUGUGAAGUUAGGCAAUCCACUUAUAGUUUAACAGCUGCGGGUGCCUGGCCCGGCACGCACCUCACCGCGGAGUCCGCCGCACGCGCGCAUGACGCCGCCAUGCUGGCCCUGCGCGGCUGCUCCACCUCCACCCCGAUCCUCAACUUCGCCGACUCCGCUUUGCUGCUCGACGUGCCGUCCGCGCUCCCCGACCUCGCUGCCGUCAGCCGCGCAGCGCUCGCCGUUGCACUGGACUCCCAGCGUAAGCAGGCCAAGGACGGCGAGGCCGCUGUUGGCGCCACUGAGGCAACUACUCCCAGCUUGACAGAGGCAACGUCGUCCCAGCCUUGUAUCGAUGGAACGUUUGAGGACCCGGCCGCACUGGCCAGCGACAUGCUCGAACUCGAUAUGUUGGGAGAAAUGGACCUAGGAAAGUACUACGCAGACCUAGCGGAGGGGCUACUCAUGGAGCCGCUACCACACCGCCGGCCGCCGGCGCGUGAUGCGACAACGGAGACUGCGGCAACGGCGCAGCCGAUGCUGCGCUAUGGAGCCACUCUUUAA